CGAGCGGUUGAUCAUUGUGAUGGUGGCAGCGGCGGCGGCGGCAGCGGCAGCCCAGCCGAGCGUUAGGGGCUGCUCUCCGCGCGGCGUUCUGCAAAGGACUUCACCGAUCUACUUUUGCAGCCGCCUCGGACUGUCCAUGUGUUUACUUCCCCCAGCCCGAGGAUUCGGUAUCUAGGUUCCUGUGAAAUGCAACUGAGCAGCCAAAGUACUUUGAGAACACGGGGCGGCAUAAACACCAAAACUUUUUUGUGGAAGGAAAAUGCAAUAAGCAAGCUUGCCGUUCUCCGAUGCGCGGUGGAGUGAGUGUGUGUCGCGCCUGUCCGCACAGGAGGCAUAGGCUUGUGUGUGUCCAUGGGGUGUGUUUUUCGGUACGUAGGGAGAAAACGCUUGCCAACCACCGGAAAUCUCCUGGAAUUUAUUAGAAAAUAAUGGAUUAUAAAAAGAAGGCAGGAGAGGAGCGGCGCUCGCCUUGAGUUGCAACCCGAUUUGCUGCUGGCUCAGUUUGUUGUGAUUCUUUUUGUUGAUAGGUGUCUGAUGGUAUUCCGAUAACACCCCCCCCAACCCCGAGCUUUACAGUUUUUUUUUUUUAAAGGAAACAAAAAACCACCCCCAAAAUCUCUCCCCUCCCUGCUUUUUUUUUUUCUUCGCCCCGUCGGGAUCGCCGUUUGCAUCCAUGUGCUCGCGUCUCCCCCGCGUUCCACUUAAACUAUUUUAAUCCUUGGACCCAAGGAGGAGGCUGAUCGGGGGGGUGGAUAAAAAAAGUUCUUCCAAAAUAGUGUGCCCGGGGAGCAGGAUGGGGGAUUUCGCAGCCCCCGCUGCUGCCGCGAAUGGCAGUAGUAUUUGCAUCAACAGCAGCCUCGGCGGGGCCGGGAUCGGUGUGAAUAAUACUCCCAAUAGUACUCCCGCUGCUCCGAGUAGCAAUCACCCCGCGGCCGGAGGCUGCGGCGGCGGCGGCGGCGGCGGCGGCGGCUCGGCGGCCGUCCCCAAGCACAGCACCGUGGUCGAGCGGCUCCGCCAGCGCAUCGAGGGCUGCCGGCGGCACCACGUCAACUGCGAGAACAGGUACCAGCAGGCUCAGGUGGAGCAGCUGGAGCUGGAGCGCCGGGACACCGUGAGCCUCUACCAGCGGACCCUGGAGCAGAGGGCCAAGAAAUCGGGCGCCGGCCCCGGCAAGCAGCAGCACCCGAGCAAACCCCAGCAAGAUGCGGAGGCUGCCUCGGCGGAGCAGAGGAACCACACGCUGAUCAUGCUACAAGAGACUGUGAAAAGGAAGUUGGAAGGAGCCCGAUCACCACUCAAUGGAGACCAGCAGAAUGGUGCUUGCGAUGGGAGUUUUUCUCCAACCAGCAAGCGAAUCCGAAAGGACGUUCCAGCAGGGAUGGAAGCCAUCAGCAACUUGCCCAACAACAUGCCACUGCCUUCAGCUUCUCCUCUUCACCAACUUGACCUGAAGCCUUCUUUGCCUUUGCCCAACAGUGGAACGCACCCUCCCGGGCUCCUGGAAGAUCUGAGCAAGAACGGGAUGCUGCCCGAGAUGAAGCUUCCUGUCAAUGGCUGCAGUGACCUGGAGGAGAGCUUCGCCGUCUUGCAGAGCAAAGACCUCAAACAAGAACCUCUAGAUGACCCCACCUGCAUAGACACAUCAGAAACAUCUCUGUCCAAUCAGAACAAGCUGUUCUCAGACAUUAACCUGAAUGAUCAGGAGUGGCAAGAGUUAAUCGAUGAACUGGCCAACACGGUUCCUGAAGACGACAUACAGGACCUGUUCAAUGAAGACUUUGAGGAGAAGAAGGAGCCAGAGUUCUCGCAGCCAGCCACGGAGACCCCUCUCUCCCAGGAGAGUGCAAGCGUGAAGAGCGACCCCUCUCACUCUCCUUUUGCACACGUCUCCAUGGGCUCUCCCCAGGCCAGGCCUUCUUCCUCUGGUCCUCCCUUCUCCUCUGUCACCACGGCCCCCAACCUACCUUCUGUUGCUAGCACUCCUGCAGCUCCAAACCCUGCCAGCUCACCCGCAAACUGUGCUGUCCAGUCCCCUCAAACUCCAAACCAAGCCCACACUCCUGGCCAGGCUGCCCCCAGGCCUGGAAAUGGUUAUCUCCUUAAUCCUGCAGCAGUGACAGUGGCCAGUUCAGGCCCAGUGGCUGUGCCCAGCUCCGACAUGUCCCCAGCAGAGCAGCUCAAACAGAUGGCGGCGCAGCAGCAACAGAGGGCCAAACUCAUGCAACAGAAGCAGCAGCAGCAGCAGCAGCAGCAGCAACAGCAGCAGCAGCAGCAGCAACACUCAAAUCAGAGUUGGUCUCCCCUAGGGCCUCCAUCCAGUCCAUAUGGAGCAGCUUUUACUGCAGAAAAACCAAAUAGCCCAAUGAUGUACCCCCAAGCCUUUAACAACCAAAACCCUAUAGUGCCUCCCAUGGCAAACAACCUGCAGAAGACAACACUGAAUAACUACCUCCCUCCAAAUCACAUGAAUAUGAUCAAUCAGCAGCCAAAUAACUUGGGUACAAACUCCUUAAACAAACAGCACAAUAUUCUGACUUAUGGCAACACUAAGCCGCUGACCCAUUUUAAUGCAGACUUGAGUCAGAGGAUGACCCCGCCGAUGGCCAACCCCAACAAAAACCCCUUGAUGCCAUACAUGCAGCAGCAGCAACAGCAGCAGCAGCAGCAGCCGCCACCGCCGUCCCAGCAGCCAGCGCCACCACAGCUGCAGGCUCCCAGGGCGCACCUGAGCGAGGAGCAGAAACGCAUGCUUCUCAUGAAGCAGAAAGGGGUGAUGAACCAGCCCAUGGCUUACGCUGCACUUCCAUCCCACGGUCAGGAGCAGCAUCCCAUGGGGCUCCCCCGGACCUCCGGCCCCAUGCAGCCCGCAGUGCCCCCAGGCUCGGGCGGCAUGGUCUCCGGGACCAGUCCCGCGGGUCCCGGCUUCCUGGGCAGCCAGCCCCAGGCGGCGCUCAUGAAGCAGAUGCUGCUUGACCAGCGGGCCCAGCUGAUGGAGCAGCAGAAGCAGCAGUUCCUGCGUGAGCAGAGGCAGCAGCAGCAGCAGCAGCAGCAGCAGCAGCAGCAGCAGAUUCUGGCCGAGCAGCAAUUGCAACAAUCACAUUUACCCCGGCAGCACCCCCAGCAGCAGCGGAACCCAUACCCAGUGCAGCAGGUCAAUCAGUUUCAAGGCUCUCCCCAGGACAUGGUGGCCGUGAGGAGCCAGGCGGCCCUCCAGAGCAUUCGAACGUCACGGUUGAUGGCACAGAACACGGGCAUGAUGGGAAUGGGGCCUUCCCAGAACCCGGGGACGAUGACCCCAUCAGCAGCCCAGUCGGAGAUGGGACUGGCCCCUUACAGCACCACGCCCACCAGCCAACCAGGAAUGUACAAUAUGAGCACAGGAAUGACCCAAAUGAUGCAGCACCCAAACCAAAGUGGCAUGAGCAUCACACACAGCCAGGCCCAGGGACCGAGGCAGCCUGCCUCCAGCCAGGGGGUCGGGAUGGUGAGCGGUUUCGGUCAGAGCAUGUUGGUGAAUUCGGCCCUAACCCAGCAGCACCAACAGAUGAAAGGGCCAGUAGGCCAGGCCUUGCCGAGGUCCCAGGCCCCUCCAAGGCUUCAAAGCAUUAUGGGAACAGUCCAGCAAGGAGCACAAAACUGGCAACAGAGGAGCCUGCAGGGGAUGCCUGGGAGGACUAGUGGAGAAUUGGGACCGUUCAACAACGGCGCCAGCUACCCCCUGCAAGCUGGCCCGCAGAGACUGACCAAGCAGCACUUCCCACAGGGCCUGAGCCCAUCAGUCGUGGACGCAAACACGGGCGCAGUGCGGACCCUCAACCCCGCCGCCGUGGGCCGGCAGAUGAUGCCACCGCUCCCCGGGCAGCAAGGCACUGGCCAGGCGAGGCCAAUGGUCAUGUCUGGCCUGAGCCAGGGCGUCCCGGGCUUGCCAGCGUUUGGCCAGCCGCCAGCACAGCAGCAGAUCCCUAGUGGCAGCUUUGCUCCCAGCACCCAGGGCCAGGCAUACGAGCGAAACCCCCCUCAGGAUAUGUCCUAUAAUUACAGUGGUGAAGGAGCUGGGGCACCCUUCCCUGGCCUCCCUGACAGUGCGGACCUCGUAGACUCCAUCAUCAAAGGCGGGCCCGGGGAUGAGUGGAUGCAAGAGCUUGAUGAGUUGUUUGGGAACCCCUAGUUAGCAGCCCCCACCCCAGCGCUGCAACACUAGUGGUUAAAGCUUAAGAAGUGAAAAAGAAACAGGAUGUUGACCCAUCCUUGUUUUUUGUUUGUUUUUUUGACCCACGUAAACUGAGCAAAACUUCAGCUGGCCUACAGAAGAUCCAGGUGCCAAUCCACAGCUCUGCUGGCCUUGUUUCACCUGAUUUUCACAAUGCGGAAGACACGCUGUGCAGAUCCCUGCUGUGAGAGGGGGAGGCCUGUGGAGGGGCAGGGAGGAAAGGCAAAGCCAGCCAAAGCCACCUGCUCCGCACUCGCUGUGACCGCCUGGCCCGGCAUGCACUGCCCCAGCCAGGAGGAACCAUGGCCAAAGUGAGGUACCCCUCAGCCCCUCCUGCCCUGCGUCCCAAGGCCGCAGCUUUGGAGACACAAGACCAAGCCUCCACCAGAGAGAUUCCCACAGAGGCUGCCGGGCGAUUGCGCAGGCCAAGUGCACAGGUCAGAAAUGCAAUGAACUCUGGGUUUGAAGCAAUAGAAAGCUUCCAGACAUGCUACUGUCUUGGGGGCUAGGCAUGAGGGAUGGUGGGAUGGCCACAUGGAGGUGACCAAGGAUCCUACAGGCCUGUGCCUCUCCUGCCUGCAGUGACCCUCAGGAGUUGUGAGGCCUGCUGCUGUCUGCCGCCUCACAAGCACAGCCAGCCGAGUUGGAGAAUGGUCCAUCUGGAGCAGCUCUCUGCUGGUGACCUAGGCUGUCACUGGUGGCUGUCACUCUAGGUUGAGCCAGAGCCUCUUGGGAGCCUGGUACAACACGGACACAUCCGGGUAGUUCUCAUCGACUUGUGGUGGCCACAGGGACAGACCCCUGCUGGAUUCUGUGUAUCUGCUGGCCUGGCUGCCUGCGUCUUUGCCUGCGCCCCAGCCCUCACAUGUCUGUCCUGACAGAUCGUGCAACAAGGAAGCUUUUGUUGCUAGGCGGCCUGAGUAGAGUGAACGUAAAUGCUAGAACUUAGACGACGCCUGAACUGCAAAGGCAAAACACUGGAGUCUUCGUUCUCUAAUGUGUGUAGCACUGAGUGAGUAUCUCUGCCCGGAACUGAGGGGGCUGCUCGGAUGUUUGUGGCGUGGGAUCCAAGGAGCCACGUCGGACAGAGCCAGAGAGAACGGCCUGGAGGUCUGGCGCCCGUUGGUGAAAUCAGCCACGCCCAUAUCCCUCCCUACUCAUUGGGAAGAUGACUAACAACCCAAGAGAGGAAAGACCUAGAAAAUCAUUUUUUCCACCUUACAGAUUUGGUUGAUAGGAGGGGAAGACACGGUUCCUUUCACUGGGAGAAAUCAUUUACUUUGAAAUUUCAGUAUCAUUGUUCUCUUUGCAGCUCCCUGGGAUCUGUUGGAAGGAAUCAGCCUCUCCCACCAUCACAAAGCCCAUCUCCUUAGUCCUUUGUCCCUUGAUGGAGACCAUGUGGCAUUUAUUUUGUCCUGAGCAAGUGAGAGUGGCGUGUGCUCUUCUCCUGUCCCCAGCUUGCUGCACGACCUAACUGCCGGCUCCUGUGGGGCUGGGCUGGCUGAGAAGGUGGCUUCCAGGAGAAAGCUGGGGGCCGAGGGCUGUGGAGCCAGCACACGUUGGCAUUGACCUGCUGUGUGUAGGCUGAGAGUCCUAGCUAUGCUCGGCAAGGGGCAGGCGGUGAGGCCCGAGGUACCAGGUUGGUGGGAGCCCAGCAGCACCUGUGUACCCUCUCCAAAAAUGUGAUGGUAGGGUAACCCUGGGCUCCCCAAGUGAGGAGGGACACUGUUGUGGAAACUGCAUAGAAACAGAUGAAAUUUUAAAAAAUGAUGACUAGAAGACAAAUUUCCACCGAUUACCUUUUCCUGCAAGGAAUAAAAAAUAAAUAUACAAGCAAUGAUGAGAAUCGGGAGGUGGUGGAUGGAGAGAUGGGGGCUCCAUUAUAUCUUCAGAACUCCCUCCAAGUGCUCAGUCCUGGGACCAAUGAAUAGAGAGGUAGAUUUUAAUAAAGUGGUUUUGUUUUUACUACGGUGCUGAUGUAUAUGUAAUGUCUAAAAAAAAAGUUAUUUGUACAUAAGUUUUUACAAUACUGCAGAUAUCACUGGGUCUACUAUCUGUAAAAAAUAUACAUAUAAAUAUAUAUAUAUAUAUACUGUUUGUUUAAAAUAGAGUAUUUUUAUUUCAUUCCUUAACUCAUCAUCACGGCAGUGGUAUUGCACUUCAGAUAACAUCUAAUUCCUAAUUUGUACUCUAUGACCUAUGGCAAGUUCCUCCAUUUUAUUCAAAUUUUUCUAGUUUUCUGUUUUUACUUUGUACAUUAAGCAUUGCUUAUUUCCUUUUAAGAAAUGUACAGAACUCUGAAAUGUAGAAACAAAGUGAUGUUGACAUACCACUUUUAAAGAAAAAAAAAUAAAAGAUCAUUAUCUGAAUCAAUCCAAA